AUGAAGUUUCUUGUGCAAUCCUUUUCCGUCUUUGUUUUUGUUUUCCGCAUCGUUCUUGCUUAUAAUUUCCCUUACGAAGACAUACAACUGAAGGAUACCGAUGUCAUCAAUAACACGGACAUUGCGUUUGGCAAACCUAGCCCCUCCAGACCAUCUGUUAGUACAAAAAGGUGCAAAAUCUUCCCCGGAGACGCCGAUUGGCCUUCGCCAAAGAAAUGGAACGAUUUCAAUUUGACUCUAGGCGGUGCAUUGAUCAAGGGCUUCCCGCCGGCCGCGGCUUGCUAUCCUGGGCCAAAUUAUGAUGAGGCAAGAUGUGCAUAUGUGAGGAAGAACUCUGGGAGCUCCCUCUUUGUCAUGGAAGAUCCGACAAUUCCCGGGGGGCAGUGGCAGACUGGAAAUUCAUGUCCUCUUCCAGCCGUCCCGACGCCAGGACUCAACCUUACUCUAGCGAAUUACACUUGCAACUUGAACGGUUUUCCAAGCUACGUAGUUAGGGCAACCACCAUUAAGCACGUCCAAGCCGCGAUUAACUUGGCGCGUAAUAAGAAUAUUCGUCUAGUAAUCAAAAACACGGGUCACGAUUUUCUUGGCAGAAACACCGGUGGUGGCUCUCUUCAAGUAUGGAUGCACCAAAUGAAGCAAUUUGAAUACUUACCCUCCUUUACAAUGGGGAAGUAUCACGGUCAAGCCGCACGAGUUGGUGCCUCGCUCCAGACAUUUGAUCUCAUCUCGUACAUGGAAAAAUACAACAUUACCAUGGUCAUUCCCGGUGGAUCAACAAUUGCCGUUUAUGGAGGGUAUGCGCAAGGAGGAGGUCAUGGCUUGUUGACUUCUCGCUUUGGACUCGGAGCUGACCAAAUACUUUCAUUGGAGGUAGUGACGGCCGACGGGAGGUUUGUUCAUGCGGACCCUGAUACGAACCAGGAUCUUUUCUGGGCAAUUCGGGGCGGUGGAGGGAGUACAUUUGGCAUCGUCACGUCUGCUGUUGUGAAGGUGUAUCCGGCCAUACCAGUGUCACAGUCCUCUUUUAACUUUCAGACUGGACCGAUAUUCGGCAACGCAACUAACACCGUCUCUGUCCCUGACAAAACGUUCUGGGAGGGCAUCAAAGUCUACUUCUCGCACAUGACACGCAUUUGUGAUGCGAAAGGUAUCGGGUGGAACUACAUUAACACGAUACCUCCAAUCAACGCUCCAGGCCUAAACAGGAGUCGAACCUUCAAUUUCGUCAACCAAAUCACCCUUCCAGGCUUCAAUGCCGGUGAAGCGAAGGAGUUUAUUGCACCUCUCAUCCGUGACUUAAACGCAAUCGGUAUCAACCUGACCAACCCCCAACCAAAGUUUUCCAUAUCCGUAGCGAGACACGUAUCCCGUCCGCCUGGCGAUGGUACAGGUAACGGACGCUAUGGCUCACGACUGUUCCCACGUUCCAGCCUUGAGGAUCCUGAAUCAGACUCCUUCCUCGCCACAAUGGUAGCCAUCCGCUCCUUCGUUGAAGAAGGUGGCUACGCUUUUCAUUCUGUCGACUUUACUCCCACCAAAGAAAUUGCAGGCUAUCCUGGUUCGAACAGUGCCGUCAACCCGGCUUUCCGUGAAGGCAUUUUGCAUGCCACAGGGUUCGACACAGGGUCCUACGGUCCAGAUGCUUCCCCCGCGCAGCAGAUUGCGAACCACAAGCGCCUCAAUGAAUAUAUCGAAAAGUGGAGAGAGGCGUCUCCAGGAGCAGGAGCGUAUAUGAACGAGGCAGAUACUGAGGAACCAGAUUUCCAACAAAGCUUCUAUGGGUAUAAUUACGACAGGUUGCUAAGGAUUAAGAGGAAGGUGGACCCAUGGGGCGUAUUCUACGCUGUAACAGCUGUAGGAAGUGACGAGUGGAUAGUUGAAGGUACGCAAGGACUGCCAACGCAACAAGGAAGGCUCUGUCGUGUCGAUGAAUAA